ACGGUGCAUUAAGGCGAUCAACCAUGUGAGCUGCGUUCAAACAGCCGUCCGCAUCUCGACAGCCCCGCUCUUGUAACAUCCCAACACGCCGGAGGAGCGAUCGAUCGAUCCGCUGCAACCUGUGCGCAUCGCAGGCAAUGGACCGACACUCAGUCGAAGGCGGUGUUCUGGCUGUACUGUGACGUUUGAAGGCAGGUCCCGGUCAAACCUUCCAAUGAUACAAGUCGGUCCUAUUCAGCGGGGACUGGUCGCAAUGCACGGCUGUCGGAGCGCUGCACGGCAAAGGAGCAACCGCAGCGAGACGAGGCGAUCAGGGGGAUGCGGCAUCGGUACGCGGGAGCUGUCCAUCAGCACCAGGUCCCCGGCCAAGAGCCAGCGAGCAGCCAGCAGAGCCGAGAGCCAGACGCCCCCGUUUUCAGCCUGCCGCCCCCGCCCUCUUCUCAGCACCGGGACCGCGCUCCGACCGCCGCCGCCGCCGCCGCCCACCGCCAGAGCCUCCAGGAGCUCCCCUCGCUGAGCCAGCCCACCUGGAGACCCGUGCGCAGCGGGGACCCGCUGCCUCUGGCGAGCUACGACACCGCCCGGCGACCUUCACACCGAGGCAGCGGAGCCCACCCCGGGCGGCCGGCGCACCUGCAGCGGGAUCCCUGGGCCCCGCUCGGCUCUCCGCCGCCGCAGUCGGAGAAGAGGCAGCCGGUUUUUCCCGGCUGCCACUGCAGUUUUUCCGAGCAGGAGGCGAGCCUCUUUCCGAACCAGCACCCUCCGGUCGAGCCUCUCCCGCCGCAGCCCUCCCCGCCUUUCCCGCCGCCCAUACCGCCGCCACCGACGUCGUCGUCGUCGUCGUCCUCCUCCUCGCUGCUGUUUCCCCGGGCGUCUAAGAGGGGCGAUCGUCUCCAAAGGAGUGCGAAUAAUCACCACCAACAGGCGAGCACCGUGGAACGCUGCAGGGGAGGAGGAGGAGGAGCGGGAGGGCACCGAGACCACAGGCAGCUGUUGCAGCAGCAGCAGCAGCAGCAGCAGCAGCACAGUCAUUUAAGACUCCAACAGAGGGACCCCUCCCCUGAAGGAAUCCGUGCAAACUCGCAGAAAGGGCGCUCUUUAAAUGUAUGUGAGUCAACCGAGGCUCACAGGAGAGCGUUCGAGUCUCAGACUCAGGACCUGCAGCAGCAGCAGCAGCAGCAGCAGCAGCAGCAGAUCCCUCAAUUACGAGCGCAGCAGCAGCUACUGGUGGGGAGCAGCCUGCCUAUCAACUACUGCGCCAGCGGCUCGGGAGAGCUAUGUAGGACUCACCAGGCUCCACUGCUGCAACAGCAACAGCAGCAGCAACAGCAACAGCAACAGCAGCAGCAACAGCAACAGCAGCAGCAGCAGCAACAGCAGCAGCAGCAGGAACAGCAGCAGCAGCAGCAGCAGCAAGGCGCACUGGGGCUCUGUCCCCAGCGUCCGCAGCACUGUGAACAGGACCGCAGUAAGUCUGGGAGGAUCGACCAGGCGCAGCCGGCGCGCAGCCGCGACUCCCGCAUCACCCCCCCGGUAACACAACGGGCGUACGCGGGCAACUCUUCGGCGACCGGGAGCAACAGCAGCAGGGACAGCCCCAACUACGGCUCGAGCUAUCACCUGUGGCCGGAGAGCCCGCACAAAGGCGAGGAGCGGAUCCCCAUCGACCUCCAUAAGGCCACUACUGAGCAGAAGAAGCUGAGCCAUGCUGGAUCCAAGCCCUCCCUCUCUGAGAGCAGUGGCCGACUCCCUCAGAUAGCCAUGAACACCUCCAAGUACAAUGGCGGGGUGGUGAGACCACUAGUUGGCAGCCUGGCGUCCUCGUCGCGCCGCAAUCUCGCGGAGCUCGACUCAGAGACGCAGCCCUUGCAGACGCUGCACAGCUCUGGCCUGGAGGUGGUGGUAUCCAAGGGGAACGGUGGCGAAGACCCCAGCAAGGCGUCCAACGAGAGCUUGGUCAGGGAGGGCAGCGGGCGAAGUGGAAGCAGGGCGCCGCAGAAGAAGAAUAGGGACAUUGGCUACAAGCUUGGCCACAGGAGGGCGCUGUUUGAGAAGCGAAAGCGGCUCAGCGACUACGCACUCAUCUUCGGGAUGUUUGGGAUUGUUGUCAUGGUGACAGAAACGGAACUGUCAUGGGGGGUUUACACUAAGGAAUCUUCAUACUCAUUUGCACUGAAAUGCCUUAUCAGCCUUUCCACUGUUAUAUUGCUUGGUCUUAUAAUAAUGUACCAUGCCCGGGAAAUCCAGCUGUUUAUGGUCGACAAUGGUGCGGACGAUUGGAGGAUAGCCAUGACAUAUGAACGGAUCUUCUUCAUUGUGCUAGAGCUGCUGGUGUGUGCCAUCCAUCCCAUACCAGGCCAGUACGUGUUCACCUGGACGGCGCGGCUGGCCUUCACCUACACACCGUCGGUGGCCGACGCUGACGUGGACAUCAUCCUCUCCAUCCCCAUGUUCCUGAGACUCUACCUGAUCGGCAGGGUCAUGUUACUCCACAGCAAGCUGUUCACGGACGCCUCGUCUCGCAGCAUCGGCGCCCUCAACAAGAUCAACUUCAACACACGCUUUGUCAUGAAGACCCUCAUGACCAUCUGCCCAGGAACUGUUCUGCUGGUUUUCAGUAUAUCCUCCUGGAUCAUUGCUGCAUGGACUGUGCGCGUCUGUGAGAGGUAUCACGACAAACAGGAAGUGACCAGUAACUUCCUGGGAGCCAUGUGGCUCAUCUCGAUUACCUUCCUCUCCAUUGGCUACGGGGACAUGGUACCACACACGUACUGUGGGAAAGGCGUGUGUCUGCUUACAGGGAUCAUGGGAGCUGGUUGCACUGCAUUGGUGGUUGCGGUGGUAGCCCGGAAGCUGGAGCUGACCAAGGCUGAGAAGCACGUCCACAACUUCAUGAUGGACACACAACUCUGCAAACGAGUAAAGAACACAGCUGCCAAUGUACUCAGGGAAACAUGGCUCAUCUACAAACACACCAAGUUGGUCAAAAAGAUAGACCACGCCAAGGUGCGGAAACACCAGCGCAAGUUUCUCCAAGCCAUUCACCAAGCUCAGAAACUGCGCAGUGUAAAGAUGGAGCAGAGAAAACUCAAUGAUCAGGCCAACACCUUGGUGGACCUGGCAAAGACCCAGAAUGUGAUGUAUGACCUGGUGUCAGAGCUGCAGGAGCGCAGUGAGGAGCUGGACAAGCGCAUCGGCACAUUGGAGGAAAAGCUGGACUCGGUGACGGGCAGCCUGCAGGCGCUGCCCUGCCUCAUCUCCCAAGCCAUAACCCAGCAGCAGCAGGAGUUCCUGGACGGCUUUGUUCACCGCUUUCGGCCCGCCUCGCUAGCCUCAGAGCGCUCUGAGCGCUCCGAGCGAUCCUGGACUUCCACUGCCCGUAGGAGGCGCUCACCCUCCACUGCACCACACACCUCCUCGGAUAGCGGAUAACCUUGACGUACCCUCUACAAUCACCUUUGAGCCCCACCUCUCCCAAACCAACGUGUCACCUCAUUCCGUCCUGUCUGAAGCUGUCCCUGUAACCGCAGGCGAGUCCAUGUCUGGACCAAUAAAGAACCCAUAUCUUGACACCUGACCUGAUCCUUGCCGCUGAUCUCUCCCUCCCACCCAUCCCUUCUCCCCUCUUACUCCAGAAUCAACGUCAACUCCAAAACCCAAUUCCUCUGUGACUGAGCUUCUCAGCACAGGACUGGUUCAGAGCUACUCCAAAAGAACAAAGAAAGGCAAAUGAAGACUUAAAUCAAGUAAAAACACAAAUGCAUCCAAAAACAGAAAAAGAGAAAAAAAAAAAAAGACUGAAAACCGAGAUAAAGUAGAGAUAUGGUUUAUGUUUUAGCCAUUGUAUGGCUGUUCAAGUUAGCUUUUUUGUAAAAGCCCUUGUAUAGUUAAAAAAAUGACCGAGGUCAGGGUCGCUGGGGUGAGAGCUGGCUAUCACACCGGAGAGUCCUUAACCACGAGGGGGAAGCUGGUCUGUGGAGCUGAGGGCCUCGGCUCACCUGCUGGCCCUCUGAGGCCAUGGAGGACAUCAGUCCACCCAUCUGUCUGUCCAUGUGUUUGUCCGGUGAGGAGAGCGAGACAAACCACUGGAUUUCCCUUUCAAAAGACUAGCGUCAUGGAUUAUUUUCCAUAGGUCUGGGUGAAAGCUUUAUGAGAGGCUGUGACAGCUCUGACUUCACGUCAGUGUUUGAAAAUGCACUUAGGGGGGGGAUGGGAAACUGCUACACAAAAAAGCAAAAGGGGACGCAUAUGGCAUUACUACUGGGUAGGAAAAAUUUACACAAUUGCCAACUUCAAGGUUACAGCUUCCUUGUUCUUACCAAGGAAAAAUGAGAGCGACUAUCUUUUUUAGUUACAUAUUGACAUGUGAUUUUUCAGUGCCUGAAUGUAUAAAUAGUAGAGGGUUAUUUAAUUACUAAUUUCAGAGCUUUUUUACGAUGUUAACAGUCUGAAUACAGCAUUGCAUUCCUUUUUCAGAUACAUUCCUCUCCAAAAAUUUAAAGAAAAUGUCUUAAUGUAAUGCAUAGCAUUGCCUCCAUUACAGAGCAACCCUAAAUAUUUUGAAAACCUUCUUUUUUCCCCCCUUCUUUCUACUAACACCACGAGAAAUGAAAAGUGUUCAGAGAGCAAGCGAAAGUGAGACAGACUGAGAGAAUAUUGAAAGUGUUUGUCAGAGAACACGUUCACUUUUAGCUUAAUGCUGCACACUCCUGCACACAACAGUGGAAUACAGUAUGUAGGUGUCUACCUUUCCCACCGACACUAACUCACGCUCCCUCUGGUCCUCAGAUGAUAGCAUGGCGUGAAGUCCGCCGGUAUGUUCGGCCACAAAGGCACAUAUGACUGGUUGAACUGAGGAACCCACCCCCCGGUCCCUUUGCAUGGUUCUGUGCAAAAAUGGAACACAAUCUUUAGGGCUGGGCUUGGUGAUUUUCAUUAUUUUGAUUUCUUAGUUUUUACCUUUGUUUGUUUGUUGAUUUUCUUUUUUGAAUUUUUUUUUUUUUUGACUCCAAAUUUCCUUUUAUAAACUAAGAUACCCAGGGGUUUCUGAGUUGCAGAACCUAGAGAGUUGCGGUAAUGUGAUUCUGUAAUGCAUUCCCUGUUUGAUAUAUGAGGUAAAGGAAAAUCAAUUCCACAAAAAGAAACCCUGAAAGGCUUCAAAUAAAAGUGCUGAUGAAACGUCGAAGGUGACAUAACAGUGAACCUGUCUCACAGCAAGUUUAAAGGAAGAGUUUGACAUCUCUGGGCCAUAUGCCUGUCCGAGACGGACACUGCACCACUCUCAUAUCUGUAGAGGCAGAUUCAUGAAUUUACUGCUCACAGCUUAGCUUAUUCUAACACACAGGCUGGAAAUGGGCUCUGCUGGCUCUGUCCAAAAGUAGCACUGUCUUUCUUUCUUGUUUGCUUAAUCCACAAAAAAGCUGAAGUGGAAACAGUGCGUCCCCUUCGUGGUGACAAAAAAGACUCCAAGAAUGAGUCCUCUGAUGAAACUUCAUUCUGAUCAUACACUUUUGUAUGGAUUAAACAAAUGUAGAAUAGCUUGUUAGCUGUCUUUAUGCUAAGCUAGGCUAGCUUGCUACUUUGGGUAGCUAUAUAUUCACUGUGCAGAUUUGAGAGUGGUAUCAACCUUCUCGCCUAACUCUGGGCAAGAAAACAAAUAAGUGUGCUCCCCGCGGUAGCAAACUAUUUCUUUUUAACUGACACUACCUAUGUAUCAGGUGUGUUUCAAAAUGGCACUGAAACAUAAUUCACCGCGACAAAAGAGACUUUAGAAAAUGUUAAAUUUCAAGAGCAUGGAGUAUGAUUCAACCUAGAGUUGUGAUGACUAGUAAAGUUUUGAUCUGAAAAUAGAUAUUUGGGGUUUUAACGUUAUUUUUUAAAAGCACAUAUAAAAAGCAGAUCAGGAAGUCAGCGGGUUAGCGGGCUAGCAUGCUGUCCUGAAGUAGUUGGAAUGGUAGUUAAACCCAAAUGGAUAUUAAUGCUAAAAAAAAAAAUCAUCAUAAUGACCCUUAAGCUAACAGAUGGAAUUAUUUCUUGGAUCUUAAUUUUUCCCAAGCUGCUUUGGGCUGAGCCAGGUCCAAGACAAAUCCUGUGUGACAGAGCGUGAGUUCCUUCUCCCGAAGGUUCUGGACCGGACAGAGAGCACUUCGUUUGAGAACACUUUGAGUUUGCUACGGGUGGAACAUAAUCAAGCAUGAAUAUUAGCUAUUUUCCUUUCAACUUGAGUUGAUGAAGCAUGACUCUUUACUUCCCCCACCUGCCUACGUCACUGCGCGUACAGCGGGGCCCUCCACCCUUCCGGCACGAGGGGAUCUAUCAUGCCAUUAGAGCCUCUGUUUCAAUCAGUGUCGUCCAAUGAGUCAGAGCGGCUAAUGGAAGACUAUGUGCUUGAUUACGACCUCACCUGCCUGUUCGUAUCUAAGGUUUCCACCUCUUCAUUACAUCAGAGCUUUAGCCUCGCGUCUGUCAUCUGUCAUCAUUAAGUAAAUCAGCCCCCCCCCACACACACACACACACACACACACACAAAGUGGCUUCCCAAAUGGCCCGCAGCAAAGACAUUUGAUUGGUUCAAAUGAAAACACAGAGAGAAAUGAAGAAGCAGGGGAACCCCCAGGUCGUAUUCCACGUUGCACUCACUGACAGUGUGUAAUAUUCAGUUACACCGGGAAGGAUCACAUAAUGCUGGAGUGUCCAGGUGGUACGGACUUCAUCAGGCAACAGGAAAGAGUAGAUUGGAAGAGAAAAAAAACAGAAAGAUGAGGGCCAUAGCUCAUUUACUGACAGACAUCUGUUUUGGCUCAGGGGGGUUGUGAACACCAAGGGUGGGUGUCCUGUAAAUAUGACCUCAUUGUAGAUGUCGCCAAGUAAACGGGACAAAUGCUGAACCGCAGGGGUAAAGGUCGCCGGGUUCGAUGCACAGCAUGUUGCGGGUAUGCAGCAGAAAACCUUGAAAGGUUGGAAACGAGGGAUUUGAAAUUCUGGCCAAUUAAAAUAUCAGUUUCGCACAUUUUUUCUUCUUUUUUCUGAUGGAGGUUUGGCCAGGUUCUUUUUUUAAAUUUUUUUUAUCCAGUUGUGAAGGUUUGUUAUUUUCAGUCCUUAUCAUGUCAUCAACAAAGACCUGCCAAAACACCAUUCCAAUAUUUAAUAGUGACGCAAUUUUCUCCACUAGAAAAUAAAGAAAACCAUAGUAUUUUGUAGUGAAAGUGAGGGACAUUCAUGAUGUUAUUCUGAUGAUGGUAGAUGAGUCAAAGUGAUGAAACAAGUCUUUUAUUAUCCAGAAAAAGUAGGCUUUCCUCAUAGAGCAGGCAUCAGAACACACUUCUACUGAACAAUUACAGAGUGACAAACCCCCCAAAAGUGACAAAAUGUAACCCAACCAUUGUUCUGUGUACACUGCCACAUGAUGCAUAAUGUACGUAGUAGCACUGGAAUAAAUCAACUUUUAAUGGAUGGCAAAUGGGUUUAACAUAUUCUCUGUAUACUGUUUCGCUGUUCCUUCAUUUUGCAGGUGAACUUUUGUCCUAGCAAGGAGAGACACCAAGGUGUCAUCAAAUCAUUAAAGACUAUCUUCAGCUAUGA